CAUUGUUCUCGCGCAGAAAAGCCACGCAAGGCAGUCUCCGCUCGCUGGGGAGAAAAGCGUUAAUCCGUGAGUCAAAAAACCGAAACGGCAGUUCCAGACACAUUGAGCACGCAUCUGUUAAAGGCGGACAGGACUAAAGAAGACAUCAAGCGGGCCUUUUCAAUAGCGAGGAACGAUGCUAUGACCGUGAAUCCCCCCCGCGCUGGUCUGGAGGCACGGGGGAACACUGAUACCGGGAAAGCGAGCCCGCAGUGUGUGACAACACGAGCGGACAGGCUGGCGGAAGCGCCGGUCAGCAGCGGUGAGGCGCGUGUGUGUGUAGGGGAGUGAUGGCCCCUCGGCCGUCCUCGGGGGAGCUAUGGGGUCUCCACCUCAUGCCCCCACGCAUCCUGGUGGACUGUUGCCUGCCCAACGGUAUGCUGGUCAGCCUCGAGUGCCUGCGCGAGGCGCCACUGCUCACCAUCAAGCAGCAGCUGUUCGCCGAGGCCCGCAAAUACCCGCUCUACCACCUGCUGCAGGAGGAGUCAUGCUACAUCUUUGUGGGUGUGACCCAGGAGGCUGAGAGAGAGGAGUUUUAUGAUGAGACGCGUCGUCUGUGUGACCUGCGGCUUUUUCAGCCCCUUCUCAAAGUCAUCGAGCCAAUAGGCAAUCGAGAGGAAAAGAUCCUUAAUCGCGAGAUCGGGUUUGCCAUAGGCAUGCCCAUCUGUGAGUUUGAGCUGGUCAAGGACUCGGAGGUGCAGGACUUCCGGCGGAGCAUACUUAGCGUGUGCAGAGAGGCCAUGGAGGAGAGGGAGGGGGGCGGCGCCCACUCCCAGGCACUCUACGUUUACCCUCCCAAUGUGGAGUCCUCCCCUGACCUUCCCCCCCACAUCUACUCCAAGCUGGACAAAGGUCGUUUGAUCGUGACUAUCUGGGUGAUCGUGUCUCCAUCCAAUGCCAAGCAGAAGUACACGCUGAAGAUCAGCCACGACAGCCUGCCCGAGCAGCUCAUUGCCGAGGCCAUCCGCAAGAAGACACGCAGCAUGCACCUGUCGGCGCAGCAGCUGCGCAUGUGCGUGCAGGAGUACCAGGGCCAGUACAUCCUCAAGGUGUGCGGCUGCGACGAGUACCUGCUGGAAAAGUACCCACUCAGUCAGUACAAGUACAUCCGUAGCUGCAUCAUCGUGGGUCGGCUGCCCCACCUGAUGCUGGUGUCCAAGGACAGUCUGUACAGCCAGCUCCCGGCCAGUGGCUUCGUGGCGCCCUCCUACAGCCGCCGCACGCCCCAGCCCAGCCCUUGCCCCGGCGGCAGUGACCCGUCCCCACCCCGCUCCCUAUGGGCCUUCAACACGCUGCUGCGCCUGCGCCUACUCUGUGCCACCUACGUCAACGUCAACAUCAGGGACAUUGACAAGAUCUAUGUCAGAACAGGCAUCUAUCAUGGAGGAGAGCCACUCUGUGACAAUGUCAACACCCAGAGAGUGCCCUGUUCCAACCCCAGGUGGAAUGAGUGGCUGACGUAUGACAUCUACCUGACAGAUCUCCCGCGUGCCACUCGUCUCUGUCUCUCCAUCUGCUCAGUGAAGGGACGCAAGGGAGCCAAAGAGGAGCACUGUCCACUGGCCUGGGGCAAUGUGAAUCUGUUUGACUACAAGGACACGUUGGUGAGCGGGAAGGUGGCCCUGAGCCUUUGGCCCGUCCCGCACGGCAUGGAGGACCUACUCAACCCCAUUGGCGUUGCUGGAUCCAACCCCAACAAGGAGACUCCGUGUGUGGAGCUGGAGUUCUCCUGGUUCAACCAGACGGUCAUUUUCCCGGACGAGCAGCAGAUUGAGGAGCACGCCAACUGGGUCAUCUCCAGAGAGCUGGGAUAUAACUACUGCAUGGGCCUGAGCAGCCGCCUGGCGUGUGACAGCACGGUGUCGCAGGUGGAUGGCGAGCAGUUGCGCAGCCUGUGCAGCCGAGACCCACUCUAUGAGCUUUCAGAGCAGGAGAAAGACUUCCUGUGGAGGCACCGGCACUACUGUGUGAACAUCCCAGAAAGCCUUCCCAAGCUGCUGCAGGCCGUCAAGUGGAACUCCCGUGAUGAGGUGUCUCAGAUGUAUUGUCUGCUGAAGGACUGGCCCCUGAUGCAGCCGGAGUCUGCGCUAGAGCUGCUGGACUGUAACUUCCCCGACCCGAUGGUGCGCGAGUUCGCCCUGCGGUGUCUGGUGCAGGGCCUCACCGACGACAAGCUCAGCCAGUACCUGCUGCAGCUCGUGCAGGUACUGAAAUAUGAGAUGUACCUUGAUAAUCCUUUAGCCCGCUUCCUCAUUAAGAAAGCCCUGACCAAUCAGAGAAUAGGACACUUCUUCUUCUGGCAUCUCAAGUCGGAGAUGCACAAUAAGACCGUGUCCCGGCGCUUUGGCCUGCUGUUGGAGGCCUUCUGUCGGGCGUGCGGGAUGUACCUGAAGCACCUGAACCGACAAGUGGAGGCCAUGGACAAGCUGGUCAACCUGACGGACACACUCAAGCAGGAGAAGAAAGACGAGACCCAGAAGACCCAGAUGAAGUUCCUGGUUGAGCAUAUGUCCCGCCCGGACUACAUGGAGGCCCUGCAGGGAUUCGUCUCCCCCCUGAACCCAGUUCACCAACUGGGCAACCUCAGGUUAGAGGAAUGCAGAAUCAUGUCCUCAGCAAAACGUCCCCUCUGGCUCAACUGGGAGAAUCCUGACAUCAUGAGUGAACUGCUGUUUACCAACAAUGAGGUCAUCUUCAAAAACGGGGAUGAUCUGCGGCAGGAUAUGCUGACUCUUCAGAUCAUUAAAAUUAUGGAGAACAUCUGGCAAAACCAGGGCUUGGAUUUGAGAAUGCUGCCUUAUGGCUGCCUGUCCAUAGGUGACUGCGUGGGGCUGAUUGAGGUGGUAAAGAACUCCUACACCAUCAUGCAGAUCCAAUGCAAAGGUGGCCUCAAGGGGGCACUACAGUUCAACAGCAAUACACUGCACCACUGGAUCAAAGACAAGAACCGCGGCGAGGCGUAUGAUAAAGCCAUAGAUCUGUUCACCCGCUCAUGUGCCGGCUACUGUGUGGCCACCUUCAUCCUGGGCAUUGGGGACAGGCACAACAGCAACAUCAUGGUGAAAGAGAACGGACAGCUGUUUCACAUAGACUUUGGUCAUUUCCUGGACCACAAGAAGAAGAAAUUUGGCUACAAGCGUGAACGAGUGCCAUUUGUGCUCACUCAGGACUUUCUCAUAGUCAUCAGCAAGGGCGUGCAGGAGUGCACUAAGACUAAGGAGUUUGAGAGGUUCCAGGAGAUGUGCUAUAAGGCCUACCUGGCCAUCCGGCAGCACGCCAGCCUGUUCAUCAACCUGUUCUCACUGCUGCUGGGCUGCGGCAUGCCCGAGCUGCAGAGCUUCGAUGACAUCGCCUACCUGCGCAAGACGCUGGCGCUGGAGAAGAGCCAGCAGGAGGCGCUAGAGUACUUCACCAAGCAGAUGAACGACGCCCACCACGGCGGCUGGACCACCAAGAUGGACUGGAUCUUCCACACCAUCCGCCACAUGCCCAAUGAGCAUUAACCACAGACACACACUCAUACACAUUCACUCACUCAUACACUCAUACACACACACACACACACACACACGUCAUACAUAACGUAUACAAAGUGCACAACGACAUGCCAUCUGAUAAAAGCCAGUGAGCAGUAAACCCUUACACUCAUAAACAUACUCACACAAAACAUAUGAAACAUAUCAGUGAAUAUUAAACAUGAACAGAUAGAGACAGCACUCUCACACACUAACAGAGCCGUGAUGACCCUUGCAAGGUACACACACACACACACACUCUCACACACACUAACAGACCAGUGAUGUUACCCUUGCAAGGAUUACUUCUGCUCACCCAAAUUCCCACACACACAAACCUGGCCAGUGAUCCCCAUACAUUUACACACACACACACACACACACACACACACACACACACACACACACACACACACCCUGGCCAGUGAUCCCCAUACAUUUACACACUGGCACCACACCUUACUCAAAUCUGACACAUUAAGGCAUAUGAGCAGGAGACACAUAGCAAACAGACAUUCCCAUAGCAGUAGUGACAUAUCUAAUACGCAUGGGUCACACACACACACACACACACUAGACUUAUGCCUUCUGAACACUCAGCACAUACAACCACACCCACCUAACUCACCCAUUCUCCCUUAACACAAUCACUCCAUUCACAUUCAGACGAACACACACACACACACACACACACACACCUAGACACACACUAGUGAGCAAUAUGUUUAGUGGCUAAGUGGAGGUGAAGUGACUGCACUGAAUAGAGGAGAUCAAAUCUCACUGAAGCACUAACUCACACACCUCUGCUGCUACACACACACACACACACACACACACACACAGCCUCACUUAUGGCACACAGAUGCACAAGGACAAUCAAAAGUCUUAGUUACACACAAAUAGAUACACACACAAAAUGCACUACAGAUUGUGGGACUUGUGGAGUUGGUGCAAGGACAAGACAACGAUGAUGAAGGUGAUUGUGAGAAAAAGUGACUCAACUGUUUAUUGCAUUGCUGGCAAUGAUGGCAGGGGCCUGAUGAAUUUAAGGUUUGCCCCGCCUUCUCCAGGUCAUUGCCUCCUCAGGGUUCCACAAAGGGUCAAAGUUCAAAGGGCACUGCCACCACAAAGCCAAAAUGGAGAGGUUCCCCAGGAUGCAUUGCACCUGACAAAAAAACCCACCUUAAACGUUCUUCUGUUAUCUCCAGUCUUCCUAUUGACGUAUAUUAAUUGAUAUUUUGCAAAACAAAAACCUGUAAGCUAACACUUUCACGUUGGUUCUAUGUUGUUUGAAGUCUACUAUUUAUGAUGUAGACAGGUAACUGUUUUUAAAUUGAGUAUUGAAAAAAACCAGCAUGAAUGCCACUGUGAUUGCAGUUCGGCCCUGUACAAACCCACAGCUCCUGCUGUUUCAACCAGAGAAAGACAAUCUUGUUUCAGUUUGGGCUCAUCAAUAAUGAUGAACACCAGCUAUAGCCUGUUGUCAAGAGAGCACAGUAGCAUGGUGUGUACAGGGCACGCUGAGAUUUUUUGUAUCAGGGAUUUAAAUUGUUUGAAAAAAAUAUUAAGAAUCAUUAACAAGACAAUCUGUCUCAAGGGAGUAACUUUAAGUAAGAUAAAAAAAAAUAUUUUUCUCUUUGACCAAAUCUGAGCUGAUCUUGAAUCUUGAAUUUUGAAAUCCUCUUUUUGAACCGAACAAUGGCAGGGGAUGAUGUGUGGCCUGCUCGCUGUCUCUCAACAGCAGGUUCAGCACUGCAACUGAUGUCUGUGUUACUUGUAGAUGUUACCAGGUGGUCCGUUCCAAAUAUCUGUUAAGAUAUAUUUGAUUGACUCAUGGAGCUACUUUUGUUAAUUCAUAAUGCAUUUGAGUUGAGUUGGGGUCCAAAUCAAGCAGAGUUUAAAAACAACACUAAAUUUCAGGAACUCCAUUUCAUUCAAGUCUUUGUGACUAUACUAUGUUGUUUCUAAUAUAUCAACAUCUGAAAUGAACAAAUGUCUCUUGUCUGCAUGACUGAGUUGUGAAAUUUGAUCUUCUCUUUGUUGAUUACUCAUUUGCCAUUAGCACCUUAGCGCCUGAGUGGUGCGUCUGUGUUUUGGACACACAGAGCACCCCUAAAAAAAAAACAGAAGCACCAUUCAUUAGAGUCUCAAUUAUCCAUUCGGAGAGAGUUACAUAUGUCCUGUGUGGGUAGCCGUAGUCGUUAGUGACGUAGUGAUGGGGGUGAUGACCAUGGAACAUACUAUAUUUCAUUUAGGUUUGUACUCAUGUUGGCACACGUGAUCUUAACGUGACCUCAAGGUCGAGCCUAAUGUUCUGAAACUUUGGAGUGAUCUCUUGAGUAUUAUGAUGUUCGGAUGUUUUAGUGAUAUUUAUCUUAAUAAACAUUUCAAGAUGCCAAA